AUGGCAACUGAAAUAAAACGAUCUGAAUCGUCUCGAUUAGCGGCUGGCAGUCGUAGUCGAUUUGGUGGAUUAAGUUCAAAUAUGUUUUUUACACGAAAUACAGCAAAACCAAAGCGUGUGAAGCAUAUAGAAGGUUUAAAUGGUGCAUUAAUUUGUAAUGUGAAUGAUGACGAGUAUAUAUCACCAAGUUCUAGUUCAUUAAAUUUUAUUCCAACAAAUAAUCUCAUGACAUUUGAAAUUCCAAGACGUGUCGAAAAAUUAGUUCCACCAACGGGUUUUUGGAACACAUAUGGUGUUAUUCAUGAUACUGAACGUUGGAAACAAGAAUUAGCUGCAUUAGCAUCGGCCAGUGGUCUUGAGAUAGAAAAUGAACAAAAACAACAAAAUAAUGAUUUAUCACCAAAAAGUACUGCAAAUAAUAAAAAUGAUUCACGCUCAGGUGCACAUUAUUCAACAAAAACUGGCAGAUUUAACGAAGGACAAGGAAAAUCACGAGGACGAACAUCGAGUAAACAUGCAACAGCUCUAAAUGAAGCAUUAUUUAGUGUACCAGAAAACGAAAGAGAUAUGUGGAUGUUACAAGUUUUAUGUCAAUUACUUAAUACAAGUAAUUUAGAAGAUGUACAAUCCUGGCUUGUUUCAGCUUCACCAACAGAAAAAGAACAAGCUCGAGGUAUGAUUAAUUCGGCAUUGAAAGGAUUAAAAGAAUCAGAACGUAUAUCAUCAAAAGCGGAUCAAUUGAACAAUACAAUUGAUUUGAACGCAUUACGGAAGAAUGACGAUAAAAAAGCGUCUAAAAAAUACGUAAAAGACUCGUUAAAUCGUUCAUUGCCCGCUAUGGAAUCAAUCAAUGAAGAAGAUCACACGUUCAAUCCUACUAUAAAUGAUUCAUGGAAUAAUAACACCGAAGUAUCCGCUGCAACGAAAAAUUCUGACAAUUCAUCGAAUUUAACCACUUAUAAACGAGCAUUCAGAGAUUAUGACAAACCGUAUCAACAGUCAACAUAUUCAUUUAAUUCAUCCGAAGAUCAAACAUUAAAAGAUGAUGAUGAUGAAGUAGAAACAAUUCAAUUAGACAACGAACGAUCUAAAUUAUCAUCAGUAAAAAAUAAACGAAAUAAAAAAGUAACCAGUUCUCAACAACAACAUCGUCAACAAAAUUCAUCAUCUACAGAAAAACAAAUUGAAACACUUCAACUAGAUGAUGAUGAUACAAGUAAAACUACCCCAACUAUUAUUAAAGUAAAACCAAAAAAUGAACAGAACGAAGAAGAUGAUGAAGAAGAAGAAGAUAAUAAAAGAUCACCAUCUAUAACAAAUAUGGAUCCAAAAACAAAAAAAAUUCAUCUACUAAAAAAUAAAUUAUCUCGACAAGAAGAACAAUCUAAAAAACAACUUAAUGAAUUACAAACAAAACAAUCACGAUUAGAAAAUGCCAUUAAACUUUUAGUGAAACAGACAUCACAAUUUCAACAAAAACAACGACCACUAAGAACAAAUAACGAAACAGAUGAAAACUCUGAUGCACCUAUUGUCAAUGUUAUCAUACAAUCUCCACGUUCGAAAACAAAUACUACCGUUCAUCAUCCCAAUACAGGUACAAAAAAUACAAAUGGUGGCAUUGAUAGUAUUGACUCAGCAGUAUAUAAAGUAAAUGAUGUUAGAGUACAAAUAAGUCUUUCUCGUCUAGAUGAUAAGAGACCAAAAGUUUAUAGUGGGAUAUGGAAACCGGAUGAAUCAACGUUACGUCGUUUACAAUCUACAUAG